AUGGCAAUUGACAAGCUACAGGCUGUCAGUAUGGACUUCGUCGAAUAUGAAUCGAAGGAGCCUCCGCCGCCUGAGGUCGACCAAGCCGCCGAGAAGAAGCUGGUCAGCAAGAUCGACCGCGUCAUCGUCCCACUGGUGAUGGUGACUUAUCUCCUGUGCUUCCUCGACCGAACCAACAUCGGCAACGCACGACUUUACGGCCUCGAAAAGGAUCUGCACCUCCAUGGAACACAAUACCAAACCGCCGUCGCCUUGCUGUUCGUCACUUACGUCCUGGUUGAGAUCCCCAGCAACCUGAUGCUCAAGUACUUUACCCCGUCCCGAUACAUCGCCGUCUUGACCAUCGUCUGGGGCAUCAUCUCUACAUUGACCGGCGUCGUGCAGAGUUUUGGUGGUCUCGUUGUCUGUCGCCUUCUCCUCGGCCUGGUCGAAGGUGGCUUGUUCCCCGGCUUGACCAUCUACCUGACCAUGUUCUACACCAAGACCGAGCUGGCACUACGCAUUGGGUACCUGUUUGUGAGCUCUGCCAUUGCCGGAGCUUGCGGGGGAUUACUUGCCUAUGGGAUUGGCUAUAUGGACGGCCUCGCCGGACAAUCAGGCUGGCGUUGGGUUUUCAUCAUCGAAGGCAUCCCGACCGUACUUUUUGGAUUCGCCAUCUGGUUCCUCCUCCCAGAUAGUCCAGACACUGCAUGGUGCCUUGACGAGGGAGAACGGCAGCUCCUCAUUGCCAGACUACGACGCCAACCGGGUUUCCACGAGGAGCUCGACCGAAAGGACUCUCUCCUUGCAUUCAAGGACUGGAAGACAUGGGGGUUUGCGGCCGGCCAGUUCGGCGUCAACGCCAUGCUCUACAGCUAUUCGAUCUUCCUCCCAACCAUUAUCAAAGGUCUCGGAAAGUGGUCUCCGACACAGGCCCAAGCCUUGACUGUCCCGGUCUACGUCUGCGGUGCCAUCUCCUACCUGCUCGUGGCACGCCUGUCGGACGCCCACCAACUUCGCGGCCCAUACCAGAUCGCAGCGGCCUCGACGAGCAUCGUCGGCUACGGCUUGCUCAUCGCCCGAGUCGGGCCUGCGGUCCACUACUUUGCAACCUUUGUGGUGUCCCUGGGCUUGUUCGUCGCCGUCGGCAUCCCGCUGGCGUGGCUUCCUUCGAACAACCCCCGGUAUGGAAAACGAACCACGGCGUCUGCGAUCCAGAUCUCCGUGUGCAACUGCUCUGGGAUCCUAGCACCAUUUCUCUAUCCCGCGGAAGACGCACCGUACUACACGAUGGGCUUCUCGGUCAACAUCGCGUUGCUGGGUUAUGGCAUUCUCUUCUACGGAUUCAUGACACUCUACCUCAGUCGCGUCAAUAAGCGACGCAUGGACGGCAAGGAAGACUACAAGGUCGCGGGAAUGAGCGAUGCUGAAAUCGAGGCGCUUGGUGAUAGAAGCCCGAGGUUCAUGUACACGAUCUAG